CUUCCUAGUAGCGAGGGCGCAAUGGCGCUUCCCUGGUCGCAGCGCCUCGAGCUCUUGCUUUUCACAGCGGCCUUCCUGUGCGGGGCCGUGGCGGCCGCGACGCUGACCCGGACCCAGGGCUCCUUCCAUGGCCACUGUCCCCUGUAUGGUGUGGCCGCCCUGAAUGGCUCCUCCCUGGCCUUAUCCCAACCCUCGGCCCCAUCCCUCUGCUACUUUGUGGCCGGGGUCUCUGGCCUCCUGGCCCUCUACUGCCUCCUGCUUCUGCUCUUCUGGGUCUACAGCAGCUGCAUCGAGGACUCCCACAGAGGCCCUACAGGGCUCCGCAUCGCACUGGCCAUCUCCGCUAUAGCCACCUUCUUGAUCUUAGUGUCUGCCUGCAUCCUUCGAUUUGGCACCCGUUCUCUCUGCACAUCCAUCGUCUCCCUGAACAUUACAAUUAGCUGCUCCAAAGCCCAGAAAGUUCUGUGGACACCCCCUGGAACCGCUCUGAAGUUUUACUCCAACCUACACGAUGCUGAAACCUCUUCCUGGGUGAAUCUGGGAUUGUGGUGUGCAGUCUUGAUGCUUCAGGUGGUGCAGUGGAAGUCCGAAGCCAUGCCGCAUCGGCCUCUGGAGCGGGGGGACCCCGAAUGGAGCUCUGAGACAGAUACUCUCUUUGGGCCACGCCUUUCCCAUUCCUGAAGAGUAACCCCAAAAUCCUUCCUGCAAAGACUCCAUGCCCACGUGCCUACAAUCCUCUUGUCCCCACAUGGCCCCGUUUAUACUGGAGCCCGUUUUUCCCUCCAGGAGGGAAACAUGACGAUGGGCUCCCUCCACCCCUCUUCCUACAGCUGUUUUUGUACCAAAAUAUUAUAUUACUCUUUUCCUUCA